GAAAAAUUGGGGAUAGAGAGAGAGAGAGAAAGAGAGAGAGAGAGAGAUGCUGACAACACACUGCAUCUGCAAAACAGCACAGCACUAUCUUCCUGAAGGAAUACCACCCCAUGUAGAAUAAUCGUUGAAGUGAUUAUUACAUUUACUAAGAUUAUUUUUCUGUCCCUGAGUAGGAUGGCUUCAGGAUAGACUGACUCACGGCUCUCAUUCUUCCGUCUUCGGGAUUUUCCAUUUUUCUGUUCAGAGAUAGCUUCCGUUUCGCGACUGAUCCUCAACUUCAGACUGGGAACUGGAGUUCUCCAGUUGCCUUGCUGGUGCUGUUCUUGGUGUCAUUUCUGCUGCCACCCUCACUAGAACCAGAACCGCGGUUAGCUGGGAAGAUGCGCUCCGAGCGUGACGUCUGGGAGUCGCUGUAAUCCCAGCUGGAGCGAGUGCGCAGGGGAGGUAUGGGGAACUGCACAAAGCCCUCCAUGAGGAGCAGGAUCAAGAAGGGGGCGGUCACUCUGGAGGCGGGCGGAGCCCUGGCCGCUGCUGUGCUGGGCGGAGUGGCGGUAGGCCGGGAGAGGGCCGAGCCGGCCGAGGGGGCAGCUCCGGAGGAUUCUGGCAGCGAGCGGGAGUUCACGGAGCCGCUGUGCGCGCUGGUCCAGAACUGCACCAUGCUGCACAACAUCGUGGGGCCCGCCUGCAUCUUCCUGAGACAGGGCUUUGCGCAGUCCCAGCUCGAUAGGGACCUUCGACCUGAGGAAAUAGAAGAUUGUUUUGAUCUGAUUCAAAUUCCGUGUGCUGUGUCUUCCUCUCCCAUAGGUGGCGGCAAAGUGGAUUUUGAGGAUUUUGUGGAGCUGAUGGGUCCAAAGAUGCUGGCAGAGACAGCAGACAUGAUCGGGGUGAAAGAGCUGAGAGAUGCCUUCCGAGAGUUUGACUCGAACGGUGAUGGCCAGAUCAGCACGGCGGAGCUGCGUGAAGCCAUGAAGAAGCUCCUCGGGCAGCAGCUGAACCCCCGAGAGAUCGACGAGAUCCUGAGAGACGUGGACCUAAACGGCGACGGGCUGGUCGACUUCGAGGAGUUCGUCCGGAUGAUGUCACGCUGAGCAGAGCCCGCGGGAGGGACGGGAGCAGGAGGGGGACAGGAGACACACUCGGACAGGAGCGGAUCACAGGGAAGAGGAGAAGACGGAGACAGGAGAAGGAGAGAGAGAGAGAGGGGCUCCCCCUGUGAUCUCACCACCUGAAUACAUUUUUCUUCUUCUUGUGUAUUUGAAUUUUUUGUAUUUUGCAGUUUGAUAAUGGAUAAAUCAUGUCAAGGCCAGACCAACUACCGAAAUCAAAUCGGGUGAGCAACUGUACCCCCGUUUUACCAGGAGGGGUACACCAAUAACAAUACCAGGCACCCUAAAACUGACCACACUUGUGAUAGUACAAGGUAGCAGUCCCUCUCUUCCGACACGAAGGGUACAUGUGAUGUACUGUAUGUGGUGGUGUUGAUGUUUGCUGUAACACAUGCCCGUUGUCUACCAGUCCUUUGCCGUGAACAGAAACGUGGCGUUUUUACUGCGCUACUCCCGGCAGAUCUGUAACGUUGCUGUUGUCCUGUAUCCCGGGAAUCCACCACUGGCAAUUAGCUUCCCGCUCCGUUAUCGACCUGCUGGCUAAUUAGGAUGUGAAUUGACUGUGACGCUGUGAAACGUGGCCUCGUGCCGAUUGCUCUGUUGUGCGUGGUUUCUCUGUUGAACACCCGUGUCUUUCAGUCCGGCCCUUGUGUCACUCUGUUCCUGACUCUGUACAACAAUGUCAGCUCCAGCAAUAAACUGCCUGUAUGAUAGGA